AUGAAAAAAAGGAAGUUGUCACUGGGCGGGAGGAGUAAACAUUAUCUGGUGCGUGCCGUUAUAAUAGUCAUCGUUCGUACGAUUCCUGGACACUAUCCACUGUAAACAUAGGAUGGUUUGUAAGAGGUAGUGUCGGGCCAUGGAACUGGGGAGUAGAAGGGAGAGAGAACAGCGGCAACAACUGCGCCAUCGCCGUCAGAAACGCGUCACCGCCAUCAGUCCGCUCGUCAAGUAUUCUCUCUUCGUCUUCACCUUUUUCUUCUGGCUGAUAGCAGGUGCCUUACUGGGGAUCGGGAUCUAUGCUCGUGUGGAGAAGGGACAGGUGAAUGCUGUGGUGGAUCUGCUGGCAGAUCCAGCCAUUGUACUGAUCAUCGUGGGAUCCCUUGCCUGGAUCCUGGGAUUCUUCGGCUGUGUGGGAGCUCUGAGGGAGAACAUAUGUCUGCUAAAAACAUACUGCUAUGUUCUUCUGAUCCUCUUCGUGCUACAGCUGGUGGGAGCCAUUCUAGGCUUUAUCUUCUCUGAUAAGGUAGAGGAACAGAUAGGAACCCUUGUGGAGACAGCCAUAGAGAAGUACAGGGAUGACAUUGACCUUCAGAACCUUAUCGACUGGACACAAAAGGAGUUCCAGUGCUGUGGAGGAAAGGAUGGGUUUAAGGACUGGCAUCAGCACAACCGGUACUUCAACUGUUCCGAGGAGAACCUGAGCAGGGAGAGGUGUGGGGUGCCAUACUCCUGCUGCAGACCUGAGGGGGAGGAGGCUGUGAUCAACACUAUGUGUGGCUAUGACUUUGCUCCUGAUGUAACGCCGACUGAAGCAGUUGACAGAAUCUACAUCCGCAGCUGUAUCUUUGCAGUGGCAGACUGGGCCAGGGAGAACCUGUUCCUGUUAGGGGGGAUCGCUAUGGGCCUGGCUAUUCCACAGUUGGUCGGCAUCCUUCUGUCCAGGGUGUUCAUCAACCAGAUAGAGGAUGAAAGGGCACUGGCCAAUCAGCAGGCCCAGUUGUAAGGGGAUGGACCAAUCAACAAUCUUGUUACUGACGAGUCAUGGUCAUCAAGUACUCUAACGGUCAUGGUAGUUUAGGAUGAGAACCUUUAGCCUGGAUCCAGCUGCAGCCUUUUUAGCUUUAUUACGACUGGGCCCACAGCAAUUACGUUACGUCAUGAGUUAAUUCAACUGUCAGCUCAACCCCAUGUGCUGCCACAUAGGCUUUGCGAAUCAGUGUUUAAAUCCUCAACAACUGUUCAAAUGACAGACGGAUAGGAUGUGCAGGUUCAGUCAUUUUGGCAUGGAAGCGAUUAAGAGAGCGUAUUAAAGCUAAAAAGGCUGGCAUCCAUUCUAGAGAUUUUCAUGUGCAUGAUUCAUAUAUCAUAAUAGAUUUCAUCAUAGAUUUUGAUGAUAGGGAGAGUUUAACAGUACUUUUUUAGUGCAUGCUCAGCUACUAAAUCCGAAGAAACAUCCCACACUUACAGAAAACAGAGGGAUACACUGUCGGGGAGUGUUAUAUAUGAAAGUAUAAGUAUAUAUUGUGAACCAUUAUAUAUUUGACAUGAGCUGUGUACCAAUGGCUACAAGUGUCAAGCCAUGCAUGUAAACUUUUCUAUGCUUAUCCUUAAGGAUUUAUACUUUUGUAUAAACGUACAAUAUAAAGCUAUUCAUUUUAUUUUUUUCAAAUGUACAUGAAAUAAAAAUGACUGCUUAUAUUUUUAAAUUUUACCUUAAGUUUGAACAGUGGUGGAAUGACGUAACAAAGCUUUUUGUCAGUCAUAUGACUGUCAUAUGUGGAGUCAUCCCCAAAUGUGCCUCCCAGUGGGGUAUGGCUUUACAGUAUUGUGAUACAUUCAAGACUUAGUUGUUAAUAUGCACUGUACAAUUCAUUCCCCUCUAGCUUCUGGGCAUUGUGCUGUCAAGGUUACUUGUGAACCAGAUCAUGUUGGAACAGGGCUUCUCAACUGGAUUCUAAUACUGUAAAUCUGGAAACUUUUGCAGUGGUUUUGUAUUUGAAGUGACAUCUCCAAUGCAAAAUUAUGACACCGUAGAUAUGUGUUCCCACGAAUUAUGACUGUAAUACAGAAUAGUUUCAACUGCAAAUUGAAAACUCUGCAGAAUUGAAAAUCAGUGCAAAAGUAAAUGAAUUUACAGUAAUCAAUGCAACCUUUGUGCAAAAGAUUUUUGGCAAUGCCUUAGGGUCAGAGCCACUUUGUCAUUAUUACUAUCAUGGCUAUGACUCAUAAUAAACCAGUUCAUGGUUUAUAUAUAAACCAGUUCAUGGUUAAUAGUCAUAUAACAAGCAAUUCCUGUUUAGGCAUGCUUGAUACAUGUCCAGAUGUGUUUUGUUUAGGUCUCGGGGCUUCAAGCUUGUUACAUUAUCUACAAUGUACCACAUUGUACAUUCACAGUUCAAAUUGAACCGGCUUAUUGCCUGGGCUUUUGUAACAAGUAGUACUUACUAAUAUUCCUAAAAUACAUUUAUACAUGUACGUCUAACUUGCCCUAUCUAGCUAAGGCCUAUUGUAUUGCUGCUUGCUUCUAACAUUCCCUUUAUUUGGCAAAGACACAGUGAUUGAGUUCUAUACAUCAUGCUGAUUUUCCUAGCUAUUUUAGGAGGUGAAAUUUCUGACAAUGUAACCAAUUUAUUCCUUAGUUUCUUUAGGUUAGUUUUUAGAUAUUUUUAUUGUGCUAGUUGACAUUUUGAAAGCACUAUGUUGCACUGCUUCAGUCCUUGCCAGUUCCUUAUUGUUAACAUGCUAUUAUGUAACAUCUUUUAUAAAUCAAUAUUUUAUGAUCUUAAGUACAUUGAAAAGUACAGGUAUGAAGGGAGGAUGUGCCUUAGCGUAAGUAUACUUAGUAUGAUAUCAAGUGCCUUUUUGGUAAUGAUGGAAAUUACUGAUUUAUUGGAACUGUGGUCUAUUUUUACAGAGGAUUUUUAAAAACUGGAUUUCACACAAAAGAUGGUCCAUGUACCUUGACCAUGGUCCUAUUUUUGUCUCUUUUAUUCUAUUGAGGUCCUUUGUCUUCCCCUACAUUCUCCGUCCUGUUGUUUUUUGUCACCAGAAAGAAUGAUUAUUUAAUAUAAUGAAAAUUGUCUAAUUAUUUGUUAAUUUGAUACUAAAUUUAUAAUUGAGUUAAAACUCAUCUGUAAUUAACAGUUGCUUGUGAUGUAAUAGUGAUGUGUAUGAUUAAAUUGUGCCUUUUUCAACUUUAAAAUCAAAGUUUGGAAAAAUCACUGAAAUCCAAUAGAUCCCAAUACACUCCAUAAUUGAGUCUAAAAGUUGGGUCCCUUAUUAUUUGCUUCCGAAUGUUCAGAAAAUAAUUGGGAAAGCAAUUCACCAAGUGAAAUACCAGUAGAUGGAUACUGAAAGUGUCCCACACAUUUAUAGAGAUGAUUUGCAUUUUGUAAUAAUUAUUGCUAGAUAACAACUGAUGUUACGUACCUUGUAGUCCACAAUUAUGUAUAGUAAUGUAAUGUAUAGAGAUUAGUUAUGAAAUCAGUAUUAUUUUUGUGAUGGCUAUUUGAAUGAGGUUACAAAACAAUUGUAGAAUCUAUUAUUAAUAAUUACAUGGCAUUUGUAGAUGUGAAAAUAACGUUAAUUAUAGACACUGAUCACUCUAUUAUUUACAUCUUAUAACUUUAUAACAUAAACUCAAUGAUGAUGGUAAGAGCUUCAUAGUUUGUGUGAUUAUGCUACUAAUGUGCCUACAAUGUACUCGCUUAAACGUAACAAAGAUUUUAUUGUCAAAUGAAAAUAUUAGUUCUGUACACAUGAAAAGUUAUGUAUACAUGGUUAGUGCUUCAAGCUUGUAUUUUGUGGAAGAAAAUGAAGUUUGAAUA